CCCAGUCGAGCACAUGGGCAGAGGACAGCGGUAUAAAAGUUCAUGGAGGGAGCAGUAGGGUCUACACUGAACACCGAACAGGCUUCCACCAAGAUAAACAUACACAGGAUAUUGCCAACCAUCACUAAAAUGUGCUUGUUGAAAUCAACUGGAGUAUCCCUCAUUCUGUCCAUACUUCUAUUCAUCGCAGACUCUUAUCCAAACAGUGAGAAGACAAACAGUAAGUUUUAUUGGGCUGUGAGGAAAUGCACACUGAAGCCGAACACAAUCUUCCCCAACAUCAUGCAGUGUACAGGCUGCUGCUUCUCCAGAGCUUAUCCAACCCCACUACGGUCCAAGCAAACCAUGUUGGUCCCCAAGAACAUCACCUCUGAAGCUACAUGCUGCUUGCAAAAAGAAGGGAAAAGAGUAAGACAAUAUUUAGCUAAUAAAGUAGAAGGCUUCCCGGUGACGAACCACACAGAGUGUCACUGCAGCACCUGUUAUUACCAUAAAUCAUAA